AUGAUGAAGCGUUUCGCAGUUACAAGCCUGAUGGCGGCUGUCGCUCUCACAUUCCCGCGACGCUGUGUCCAUCACGAGGAACCCGGAUCUGCAAAGCGAAAGGUGAACCUUGAUGAUGAUGAUCGCUGGCUUGAGGCCGAGUUUGAUGAGAAACUCCGUUCACCAGAGGAACGAUACGCUCAUGAACGACAGAGGGAUUUGAUGAAAAAACUCAUUUCGAAAUUGCGCGAUGAGCACACUGAUAAUCUCAAGAACGCCGUGGAUGAGCGUAAUAAGAAGAUUGAAGAUAUAAAGAGGCAAAUGUCGGAAAUGGAGAAGAAAUUGGAACAUUUGGUAAAAGGAAAGAAAUAG